AUUAUUCGAUUACCGUUUUUUGUUUAGAAUCACAGAAUUAGAGAGUUAUGGAGAAGAGAAGAAACAUGAAUUCCACCGCCGCUAAUCGCUCUAACCAGCCGUCUUCUGUUGGAAUCAGCGACGGUCAAAUCACCAAUGACGAAGCUGAAUCGCUUCAUAAGAAGAAGAAAUGUUCUGGGUACGAGCUAAGAGAAGUAACUUGUAGUGACACAUUCUCUGACAAUGGUUCACUUAACAAGAAAAAACUCCAUUAUCAUCAGGAUCAGCGGAGGAUGAGUUUGACAUCGAUUGUGGCGGUGGAGACUCCUUCAUCUACCGACGCUCCCACUAGAAGAACCAUUGAUCUUGGCCAUGGAAGUGACCUCAUCUACAUUCAGAGGUUUCUUCCCUUUCAACAAUCUUGGACUUUCUUUGAUUAUCUCGACAAGCAUAUUCCUUGGACCAGGCCUACUAUUCGUGUCUUCGGUCGAUCUUGCCUUCAGCCGAGAGAUACUUGUUAUGUUGCGAGUAGUGGAUUGACUGCACUGGUGUACAGUGGAUAUCGACCUAACGCCUAUUCGUGGGAUGAUUUUCCACCUCUUAAGGAGAUUCUGGAUGCGAUUUACAAAGCGCUUCCUGGAAGCAGAUUCAACAGCUUGCUGUUAAAUAGGUACAAAGGUGCCAGUGACUAUGUGGCUUGGCAUGCAGAUGAUGAAAAGAUUUAUGGUCCAACUCCAGAAAUUGCUUCAGUCUCGUUUGGAUGCGAACGUGAUUUUGUGUUGAAGAAAAAGAAACAUGAAGAAUUUUCCCAAGAGAAAACAGGGGACGGUGGACCAGCGAAAAAGAGGUUAAAGAGAAGCAGCAGAGAGGAUCAACAAAGUUUGACAUUGAAGCAUGGAUCGUUGCUGGUGAUGAGAGGAUACACUCAAAGGGACUGGAUUCAUUCUGUGCCAAAGCGGGCAAAGGCAGAAGGCACUCGUAUAAACCUCACCUUCAGGCUUGUUUUUUAAACUGAGAAUCAUAGACAAGAAGGUGGGCUUGAUCUCGAUCUCCAUUGAAAAUGGCUAAGCUUAAUUCUCUAUAAACACUGAUUGAUGUAGACAUUUCAAGAAGCAAAUUGAACGGGAAGAUUGAUAAGGAAGAGUGGCAAAGUCUUGUCUUGUGCAGUCCCUCUCUUAAACAACAUGUCUCUUUUACAUCCUUGCGCCCAAGAGAAAUGACUUGAUCAAAAGCAGCCAUACGAAAGACAUGGAAGACUCAUGUACCUAGACACAUGCAGUGAAAAUGAAGAUAAAAUCCUCACGACAGUAGGCACACUCACUUUUCAGAAGAAGAAAGAAGCAUACAAGUUUGGAGGGCAUCAUGAGGGUGUCAAGAAUGUUACUCUGCUUUGUUGUAAAAAUCAUAAGUAAAAAAAUGAGUUCUAUUUUGUGUCACAAUAAAUAAGUAAAUAAGUAGAGUGUUACUCUGCCUAACUCUAUGAUAUAGAUUUAGUGUCAUCUCUAUGAAGAUUCUGCCAUAUCAUUUCA